UCCCUCUCCCCUCUCUGACUCUCUUCUCCCCCUCGCCCGAGCGCCAUGAGAGAAUCCACCAUCCUCCCCAAUUCCCCACCUCUCUCUCCGCCGCUCAGCGCCCGCGAUCUCCACCAGCGACAGCAGAUGGAGCAGUACUUCCCCGACGGGCACCACGUGCGGCUGCGGAGCCGCAUGCUGGGCACGUACCUCCACGCCGACCCCGACGGCCAUGGCGUCUCCCUCCGCCGGCGCCGGGACUCCCCGAACGCCGCGUGGACGGUGCACCUGGUCCAAGGGAACCAGAAUGUCCGGUACCUUCUCCUGCACGGCGCCGCCCACGGCCGCUACCUCGCCGCCACCGCCUGCCCGGCCCCGCGCGGACACCGCGGGCUCCGCGUCGCGCAGCGCGACUACGACGCGCCGCAGACGGCGUACAUCAUGUGGAGGACAGUGGGCUCGAGCGACGGGGCCGGGGACGACGUCGUUCUCCGCAACGCCGCCCCCGGCUGCGGCUGCCUGCGCGGCAACGGGAGGAGGAACCUCCGCUGGAACCAUGGCGUCACCGUCGACGAAGUCUUCGACGGCCUCAGAGAGAAGAUGUUCAUGUACUGGGUCGUGGAGCCCGUACCUGCGAGAGAUGGCUUGCCUGCCGUUCCACGUCCGACUGGGAUCCCCAUCCCCAGAAGCCUUGCCGUGCUGUUGCCAGGGCGGCGCAUCCUGUACUGGCAGGCGAACGCCGACGGGGUAUGUGCUGACGAUGGCUGGCCACCCUUGUUCGUGUUCAGGGGGAGGUCAGCGUUCCACCUGAGGAACGAGCUGGUCAGCCGGGUGGGCCACUCCGACUUCGUCAUGUGCAUCCGAGCCGGCUUCUAUGGGCGGCUGACCCCACUCGUCGUCGACCUGCCACGCAGCCGCCACGGCAGAACCAUCCACAUCGUCGUCGUCAUGACCGGGACGCCAGCUGCAGCUGAGCUGCGAUACCCGGACGUCAAUGCAGAGUAGAGGAACAUCAGAGCAGCCGAGCAGGACGCCUGGCAAUCUACUCACAGUUCACCUCUUCAGAAGUAUCGCCUCCUCGGACACCACAACAUAGAGAACUGGAGGUCUAGGUUUUGCAUACAGAUAUCGGUAGAGAAAAACUCAGUAGGUCUUGUGUUUCUACUAGCUAAACUUGAUCCAAUUCUCAUGACAGGAGGAAUCUGUUUGUUUUGGAUUCUGCAGUUCUGAAUUUUUUCACAAAGUAUCAAGUAGAAUGGCUGGCAUUGAUUGUAGUGGUUGCACAC